UGAUGCCAUCAAUGCUUAACGGUACAAUGAAAAUUGUGUCGGUUUAAUCAUUGUUCACCAAAUACUACAAAAAUAUUGAGGGGUGAAGAAUCUGAUAAUUUAAUGUAGGGUCCAGUGUUCCAGCUCCCCCACACUUGCUAACACCAGCUGUUCUUCUUUCAAUUUCUCUCAAUUCAUUAGUUGGAAUUGUUCUUUAAUCAAGAUCUACUUUCUCUCUCCCUCUCUCUCACAAUACAAAAUGCAAAAAAGGGUCAAAAGAUAGAGGGGUCCAACUCUUUUCUUAUCUUUUUGUUUUCGGUUACAGAGAAGAAGAGGAAGAAGUAGAUGCCACAUUGUUGUGACUCUUGACAGUUGGAAAAAAAAGAAGAAAAAAGCUGCAGUCUUUGAACAAUAUAGGAAGAGAAUACAAGCUUUUCUGAGAUCUGUGCAGCUCCAAUUUUAAAGGAUAAGACAAUUUGUCGAACGAGAAGAUGGGGAAGAAAGGAAGCUGGUUUUCUUCAGUAAAGAAGGCCUUGAGCCCAAAUUCUAAGGAAAAGUCUGACAAGAAAGAUGGUAAAUCAAAGAAGAAAUGGUUUGGGAAAGAAAAGCAGCCACUCCCGGAUUCUUCAACUUUGGUGGUUGCCUCAGUGUCUCCUCCGCAACCUGUUCCUCCGGUGGAAGAGGUCAAACUGGCUGAAGUGGAAGAAGAACAGACGAAACAUGUGUAUUCCGUUGCAGUUGCUACAGCUGCAGCAGCUGAAGCGGCUGUUGCAGCUGCCCAGGCUGCUGCAGAGGUUGUUCGAUUAACUACAGUCAAUCAAUUCCCAGGAAAAUCCAAGGAGGAAAUAGCUGCUAUCAGGAUUCAGACAACAUUUCGAGGAUAUCUGGCCAGAAGAGCAUUGAGAGCUUUAAGAGGACUUGUCAGACUCAAAACAUUAGUUGAUGGACCUACUGUCAAACGGCAAACUGCAAACACUCUGAAAUGCAUGCAGACUUUAUCUCGUGCGCAGUCUCAGAUUAGUUCUAGAAGGAGCAGGUUGUUGGAAGAGAACAGAACUCUCCAGAGGCAGCUUAUGCAGAAACAUGCAAAAGAACUUGAGAGUUUGAGGAGAGGGGAGGAAUGGAAUGAUACUCUACAAUCAAAAGAGCAAAUUGAAGCAAGUUUGCUCGGCAGAUAUGAAGCUGCAAUGAGACGAGAAAGAGCACUCGCCUAUUCGUAUUCCCACCAGCAAACCUGGAAGAAGUCAUCAAAAGUUACCAAUUUGUUAUUUAUGGAUCCAACCAAUCCUCAAUGGGGUUGGAGCUGGUUAGAGCGGUGGAUGGGUGCUAGGUCUAGGGAAAACCAAAACAUGUCCGAGAAAGAACUAAAAAGUGAUCAAAUGUCCGUUAGAAGUGCCAGCAUGAGCAUGGCUGGAGGGGAAAUUACCAAGGCAUUUGCCCGUCAUCAGCUGAAUUCUGAACUCCCAUCUUCUCCUUUAAGCCAAAAACCAAACCGUCCUUCAAGCCGCCAGUCUCCUACUACACCUUCCAAGCCGUCCACAGCUAGAAAACCGAAACCAGGAAGUGCAAGAGUCAGUGCAAUAAACCAAGAAGAUGACACACGAAGUGUGUUUAGCGUUCAAUCAGAAAUGAACAGGAGGCAUAGCAUUGCAGGAUCAUCAGUAAGAGAUGAUGAGAGCUUGGGAAGCUGCUCAUCCGUACCAAGUUAUAUGGCGUCCACUCAGUCAGCAAAAGCAAGAACAACACGAUUGCAGAGUCCAUUAGGCGUGGAAAAUGGCACACCACCAGCAAAGGGAUCAGCUGGUUCUGUGAAGAAGCGACUCUCUUACUCACCUUCACCAGCCAUUACAAGACGGCAUUCUGGUCCACCAAAGGUCGAGAUUACCUCCACAAACACCUCUAAUGCUGAUAAAUAUGUGAAUGGAGUUGUCAACUACCACAAUUUUUCCCUUUGGAAAGCACAAGUGUCCAUGCUUAUGCGUGGUCACAACCUUUUUGGCCAUCUCGACGGUUCUCACCCAGCCCCUGCCCGUACAGUGGCUCAAAAUAAUCAGGACAUCGAAAAUCCUGCAUUUGUUUCAUGGUAUCGCCAAGAUCAACUAAUUCAAAACGCCAUCUUGGCCUCAGUUGACCCAAAUCUUGCUGCUACGGUUGUCGCUGCAUCCACUUCCCAGGCUGCUUGGGAUGCUUUGCACACUGCGUAUGCCAACAAAUCGCAAACAAGGAUAUUUAGUUUGCGCGAUCGUCUGGCUCGCCUCGCAAAAGAAACACUUCCUGUCGCUGAUUAUCUGCACCAGGUUCGAUCUCUCUGUGAUGAACUUGCCACUGCUGGAGCUCCAGUGUCCAAUGAGGAACUGAUUGUCAAAAUCCUCACUGGACUUGGACCUGAAUUCCGUGAAAUAUCAGCUGCUAUCCGUGCAAGAGAUUCUGCUAUCUCUUAUCCUGAACUUUAUGAGAAGUUACUUGACCAUGAGCUUUUCAUCAAGCAUGAAGAAGCAAAGAAGCCACUCUCAACACCAAUUACUGCUGCUAUUGCACAGCGUGCCCAACCAGCGUGUGCUGGCAACAAUAACCAACAUGAGCGUUACGACCACACUCUAAAGUGCCAGUUGUGUGACCGUCCUGGUCAUUCCGCUAAGGCUCCUUGGAUUGUUGAUACAGGUGCCACUCAUCAUAUGACCUCAACUACCAUUUUGACAGCUUUAGUGAAUGAUCCUCCAGCUGAUGGUACUCUUUAUAGGCGGGUAAUUGGAAAGUUGCACUACUUAUCCUUUACACGUCCUGAUAUUGCCUUCACAGUUAGCAAACUCUCUCAAUUUAUGCACAAUCCACGCCACUCUCAUUGGAAAGCAGUCAAGCGAUUACUCUAUUAUCUUCAUCAUACCUGCCAAUAUGGCAUACAGAUUGCCAAAGCUCCAUAUUCUCGUUUGGUUGUUUAUUCAGAUUCAGAUUGGGCUGGUGAUCCAAAUGAUCGCACUUCUACCUCAGGUUAUAUCACUUUCCUAGGUAACACACCAAUUUCCUGGGCCUCCAAGAAACAACGCUCUGUAUCUCGGUCCUCUACAGAAGCUGAGUAUAGAGUUGUGGCUGCUGCUGUUGCAGAAACCAACUGGAUCACAAAUCUACUUUAUGAACUUCGGCUUUCACUUAAGGGAGUUCCACAGGUUUUCUGUGACAACUUCAGCACCACUUACAUUUGUUCCAAUUCGGUCUUUCAUAGUAGGAAGAAGCAUGUCGCCAUUGAUUUUCACUUUGUUCGUGAACAAGUUCAGAACAAGGAUAUUGAAGUUCACCACCUUCACUCAGCUGAUCAAGUGGCUGACAUACUCACAAAACCUCUUCCCAAAGCUUCUUUUGUUCAGCAAUUUUCCAAGUUGGGUGUUGUUGACACCACCAACUUGCGGGGGCGUAAUAACGGAUCAGAUUUACUUGAUGGAUUUUCAAGUUUCCCUUCUUUUGAAAAGCAUUAUCUGUUUGUCAAUCCUUAUAGGUCACUAGAAAUGAGCAUGCAGACACCAAAAGCAAGGACUGUUUCUGUUGAGGUGCCGCAAAGGACAUCUUCAUCUACAACAAAGACAGCUCGAAAGCUCAGAACUUCAGGGCCAGAGGUUGAUUCUGUUUCAUCUCCAAAUCCAGCAAGCAGGACACCAAAAGACAGGAGUCCUAAAGUUAUUGGUCGCCGGUCACCACGAAGUCCAGCAAUAGAGCAGAAGCGUCCAGGCAGAAUGUCCGCUUUGGAAGACCAGCUUGCUCAACUUCGCGAAGAGGUGAAGGCAGCAAAGGAACAACUCAGUUUAUCAGAAUCAUUGAAGAAAACGUCUCAACAAGAGGCUGACGAAGUUAAGAGGCAGUUAGCAGUCAUGUCAGAGAAGCUUGAGGAGUCUGAGAAGCAGCUGCUUAAAUGCUCUGAUUCUGAGGAAGCUCAACUCUUGGAGCUACGCAAGAUCUCACAAGAUAGGGAUCGAGAAUGGAAAUCUGAACUUGAGGCUGUACAGAAGCAGCAUGAAUUGGACUCUGCUGCUCUGGCGUCCUCCUUGAAUGAAAUCCAGAACCUUAAACUUCAGCUUGAUAGAGUAGCUGAUUCUGAAGCCACUCAAGCUCGCCAUGCUGAAUCAGCUCAUUCUGAGACCCAAAGCUUAAGGGUACAACUCAAAGAAACCCUUACAUUGCUUGAGCAAUUGCAAAACCAGUUAAACAAAAGCAAGGAAUCUGAAGCUACUGUGCUUGAAGAAGCGAGUAAAGCUCAGUUGGAGUUGGAAGUUGCAAAGAUGACAGGCAAUACUUUACGCUCGGAAGGUCUGAAGGCAAUGGAGGCUUGCAAAUCCUUGGCAUUGGAGUUGGAACAGUCAAAGCGUCAAGUAGCUGCAUUGGAGGAACGUGUCAACAAACUCCAGUCUGAUCAAAGCAGCAAAAACAUGAACCUGGUAGAUCCUACAGAAAGUUCUGCAGCUGCACAAGAAAUUGGAAUCAAUGUGGAAGCUGACAAACUAAAAACUGAGUUAAGUAAUCUUAAAGACGAGGCAAAUCAACUAAGAGCUGCAGUGGAGGAUUCUGAGAGAAAGUAUCAGGAAGAAUGCAUUCAGAACACAUUGCAGAUAAGAAGUGCUUAUGAGAUAGUGGAGCACACAAAGUAUGAAUCAAUUCAAAGAGAGACUGAAUGGACCUCAAGGUUAAGUGCUGCAAAAGCAGAUAUGGAAGAGUUAAAGGAGAAAUUGAUGAACAACGAAGCUGAAUUACAAAUGAUUUCAGAUGAAAAUAAGGGCCUCAAUGUACAACUUGAAGUAAUGCAGUCAGUUGACCGCGAGUCUGAAUUACAAGAUGAACUGAAGAAAUCAGAGUCGCUCUUAGCAGAUUUACAGGCAAGUUUAUCUGACAAAGAGACAGAGUUGCAGAGUACUACUGAGGAGAAUGAGAUGCUGAAGUCAGAAAUCGAGAAGAGGGAAAUGGAGAGUACCAAAGUGAAUGAUGAGGUUCUUGCCUUAGCAGAAGCCGCUAGAAUUGCUGAAAGAGAGGCCCUGAUGAAGCUGGGGUAUUUGAGUGAGGAAGCAGAUAAAAGUAGCAGAAAAGCAGCACGAGUCAUCGAGGAGUUGGAUGCAGUGCAGACAACUAACUCUGAUAUGGAAGCUGAGUUGAGGAGGUUAAAAGUACAAUCUGAUCAAUGGAGGAAGGCUGCUGAAGCAGCUGCAGCUAUGCUCUCAACUAACAAUAAUGGGAGAUACGUCGAGAGAACAGGCUCUUUGGACUACCAUACUAUUGGUGGCAAACUGCGUUCUCCGUUAUCUGAAGAUAUGGAUAUUGAUUACUCACCCAAGAAGAAGAAUGGCACUAUGUUGAAGAAGAUUGGUAGUUUAUUAAAGAAGGGCCACAAAUAGAUGCAUUUCAUGCAUGUUUCAAAUAAACAUUUGUUCUCUUCUCUAGUAACCGUAAUCUACUAUUUUCCCUUCCCAAGUACUCUUGCUGAGCUUCGGCCUCCUGGAAAAAUCUCUUAGCUGAUUUUUGUAAAGCUAUUCCAGAAUUGUUGAGACCUCUAUGAUCUCACCUGCCACUACUGAUAUGCUUCCUUAGGAGAUAGUAAGCAAUGUAACUUCAUUUGCAAUUUUUCA